GUAUUCGCAUGUAUUAUUAGGCUGCAAUUUCGGCAGGUUAAUCAGCCACCACACUGUGACUAUAUAGUAACUGUUUACGCUGUCAUUAUGAUGAUUGUUCAACCUGGCACAAAAACCACAGUAUCGCCCUCAAUUUCUGGAGACCGAGAAAGUUCGGAAGCGUACUUAACAACUGGUGACACCCAUACUGUUACAGAGCAAGCAACACGCACACCGUCAACUCAAAAGCCCAUUCCCCCUUAGUCUUAUUUUCGGUGCACUCCAGAACAUUCUCCCACGGUUACAACUUACAAAUGCCAGACCUCGCAACCUCUCCGUACUCACAAGCUUGUUUCCCCAAUAUCAACUACUCUGCCAUCGAGCUCAAAGACCAGAGUAUCGUCACCGAACACCAGCAGCAGCUGGAUGCAGUUUUGCACGAGAUCUCAGUCCUGGAAACCGUGAUGGACAGUACGAAAAAUCUUCAUCAGCAACUUGUCGAAAAGAAGGAUAAGAUCACCCAGUCGAUGAAUUUGCACAAGAAACGUGUAUCGACUUUUCGGCGCCUGCCAAUUGAACUCUUAUGCCAAAUUUUUGUUCACUGUCUCCCGGAAAGCAAUCACCUAUCGCCCGCAUCAAAUCUGGCCCCCAUGCUGUUGACCAGAAUAUGCCGGCGAUGGAGGGAGGUUGCUGUGGGCAUACCCAAUUUGUGGAGCAGCCUGCGGUUGGAAGUCGGUCGCAGAGACUGGCAGCGGAAAGCUCUCUGCUAUGACUUGUGGCUCAAGCGGUCCCGAGGAACUCCGCUCUCGUUAGCACUCCAGUGCUACGGAAAUAACUCAACCAAGUUGCGAAGCCUUCUUCAACCUUACUCUAGUCAAAUCUCAUCUUUCUCCAUUUAUUUUAUCUACGACGUCGACAAACCUCAACUUGUGUUAACAGAUCUUCCAAAACUUCAGGAGCUGACCGUGGUCACGCAUGAUCGUUCUACUACUCCAGCUAUUGCGCACUCUAUCUCGCAACUGCCGUCUACUCUGCGCAGUCUCAGGGUAAUAGGGCCCUUGUUCGACCUCGAACUCUUAUCCUACUUUAAUCCCAUAUGGGCGAACUUGACGCAUGUCGAGAUCGCCACGCGUCAUCCGAAUGUAUUCCUCCACUUGCUCCAUCUAUGUCCCGACCUCUCUUCGUUGACUAUCCGCGCAGCAUUCAACCAAAUACAGGCAUUAGAGCCAUUCACGCACACCAAACUUCAAUCCUUACGCAUCAAUUAUGACUCUACGGACACAAAACUUUUAUCGCACCUGUUCAAUACUCUCUCACUCCCCAAUUUACGAGUGCUCGAAGCUUGCUGUGUGCAACCAUGGCCUCAUGAGGAAUUGAAGGCACUUUUGGCACGGUCAAAUUGUCCCUUGGAGAGUCUGAUUUUCGGCGCUGGAGUGGUAUUGGCGAAUGAGCAGCGAGCGGAAUACGUUGUUCUUGUUCCUUCCCUCGAAGUAAUAGCGGAUCCCAAGCAUCUUGAUUGCUUUGCGUACUAAAACUUGGUCGCUACAUAUUUCGCAAAAUUAUGAUAUCGGGCUUCAUGCGCACGCUACUUUGUAUGCUAUACGCUACUAUCGGCCUCGUAGAAAUUGAAUAUCUCUGUUCACAGCUC